AUGCGGCAUGCGGGAUCAGUCAGCGACAUCUCACUUUUUCCCGCAACCUCUCCCCCGCCACUCUCCCCAAAUUCAGAGCUCUGCAGCUCAAACACGCAGAUUAUCGGUGCCAGCAGUCUCGACCGUGCCAUCCAGAGCCUUUAUCCGUUCAUUCCCGCAAUGGCCGACAACCAGGUCGCUCCAGAAUCAUCCAGCCAGGGUCGUGGCGGGCGUCGCCGCGGCCGCGGAGGAGUAGCUCCCUCCAACCGUGGAGAUUCGCGACAAAAUACAGAUGGAGAGAAACGUCCUAAGCCUCGCACACGAGGCGGUGGUCGUGGGGGAGGUGAUUCCGGCCGCCAAAAUCGCACUACCAAUCAGACCAACAACAACAACGACACUCAACCAAGAACUACGGUGACGUCUGCAACACAAAAACCAGUCGAAGCUGCCACCGACGAUGCAGAUGAUGGAGAGGUGUGCUUCAUUUGCGCCUCACCCGUCGAACAUACCUCGGUCUCUCCUUGCAACCACCGAACGUGUCAUAUUUGUGCGCUGCGGCUGCGGGCACUGUACAAGAAUAAGGCUUGCGCUCAUUGCCGGACGGAGUCCAACUAUGUUAUCUUUACAGAUGAUCCAGAGCGGCGAUACGAGGACUUUCAAAAGAAGGACUUUGCUCGGACGGACGAAAACCUCGGCAUUGAAUAUGAAAAUGAUGAGAUUUUCGAGGACACAGUGCUCUUGUUGCGAUACAACUGCCCGGACGAGGACUGCGAUGUGGCCUGCUUGGGGUGGCCGGAUCUGCACCGCCAUGUAAAAACCAAGCAUAACAAAGCAAUGUGUGAUUUAUGUACUCGUAACAAGAAGGUAUUUACACAUGAGCAUGAGCUCUUUACUGCAGCCGAGCUGCGCAAACACGAAAGGGCUGGUGACGACAAGCCUGGAGCGGUAGACCAAAGUGGUUUCAAGGGACACCCCGAGUGUGGCUUCUGCCGUCAGCGAUUCUAUGGCGACGACGAGUUGUACGCUCACUGCCGUGAUAGACACGAACGCUGCCACAUUUGUGACCGACGCUCCUCCCACCGCCAGCAACAAUACUACAUUGACUACAAUGCUCUCGAGAAGCACUUCCAAAAAGAUCAUUUCACUUGUCUUGACCGAGAAUGCUUGGAGAAAAAGUUUGUCGUUUUCGAAUCUCAGAUGGACUUGAAGGCCCACCAAAUUGAAGCACAUCCGGAGGGUCUCUCUAAGGACGUUCGCCGAGACGCAAGAAUGGUUGACCUGGCCGAGUUUGACAAUAUGCGCACGCCAUAUCAACAGCAGCGCCAGCGCCGCGGUGCAGGCCGAGGCCGUGACCCUAACGCCGAGCCACUACCACAAUCCAGCGCACAGCCAUUAACCCGCGCCGAACUUGCAUACCAACGACAAAUGGCUAUCCAGAGCUCUCAGUCUGUCUCAACAAGAAACUUCGGUGGCCAGCUUACCCGAGAAGACGUUCAGCCAGUGCGUGCUCCGGAGCGCUCUGCCGCUGCUACUCCAGUACAGUCUUCCCCCGCGUCACGUCAACCUCUUCCUACUGCAGCAUUUGAGAACCUCAACCUGGCAGCCAACUCUGGACCAGCUACUCCUCAAGACCAAGCCCGCCGGAUGCGUCAUGAGGCCGUGGUUCAACGUGCCUCUAGCCUUCUCAAAAAUGAUGCCACCAAGCUCUCUGAGUUCCGCAGCAGAGUGUCAAGCUACCGCGCUUCAUCAAUCUCAGCAACCGAGCUCAUCGAUUCCUUCUUCUCAUUGUUUGACACUUCCAGCACCGAGCUAGGUAAGCUCAUCAAGGAACUCGCCGAGAUCUACGAGGACGAGCCCAAGCGCGCCGAUCUCCUACGAGCCUGGAAUGACUGGCGUGCCAUCAACGAAGACUAUCCGGCCCUCCCAGGCCCCGGUGGGCUUAUCCCCGGCAUGUCCCCUAGCACCGUCAGCACGGGCGGCAAGCGUGUCUUGCGCUUGAAGUCAUCAACUGCCCGAUCCUCCCGUUCCGCUGUCGGCAGAAGUGGCGCUCUCCCAACAGCCCCCUCCAACCCCUUCCCCCCUCUCUCAGCUGCGGCCGGCUCUUCAUCUCGUCGUGGCCAAUCUUCCGCUACCCCUUGGGCAGCAGCACCUCCCCCUCCCCCUAUAUCCCGCCCAUCGCCAGCCCUAUCUAGCGGCCCCUCAUACUCAGCUCCAUCCUCCAGCCGCGCUCCUGCUGCACCCACCCCUCGUGGCGCUGACGCAUUCCCGGCUCUUCCGGCAGCGGCCAAGCCUAACGUUCUUAUGGCUGGCAAGACUCGCGGUACUGUGCGUUGGAACGAUAAUCGUGGCCCUGCGCCGACGGCAUGGGGGUCAAACCCAAGUUCUGGUACUGCGUCUCCGGCCGAACCUAAUUAUGACAAUGAAUCAAGCGGUAAGAAGGGAAAGAAGAACAAGGGAAAGCAAACCCUGUUCCACUUCGGUUAA